GUCAGUCUGAGAAGCAGCUGUUCAGGGCUGGUGAAAUUCCAACAUGGCAGUGGCCGCGGUCAGUGUUUCCUGCGUUAACUUGGGAUGGUUUCAGCUCGCACGCAACCCGGCUUAACCUCCGUUCAUCAGCAAAAAAGAAAAAGAAACCUCACCCCGGGAUCGAUGCGACCCUAACCCACGCUGCGCGAGAGGUCGACCUGUCGUUUAGGAGGAAGAAGAGGGAAAAAAAAAACAGCACGUCAUGAUCAGCAGCAGCAGCGUCUAUGGCUUAAAGAUGCAGUGGACCCCCGAGCACAGCCAGUGGGCCGAACAGCACUUCGACAUCUCCUCCACCACGCGCUCCCCAGCCCACAAGGCCGAGGCCUACAGGGCGGUGCCCGGCCACCUGCAGCGCUCCGCCUCCUACCAGUACGCCUGGGCCAACGACGACAUCUCGGCCCUGACCGCCUCCAACCUGCUCAAGAAGUAUGCAGAGAAGUACUCGGGCAUUCUGGAGAUGCCGGGCUCGUACCCCGAGGCGGCGGGGGUGAUGAACGGGCGGAAGGGCGAAUCGGAGCCCUGGCAGGACGGCGUCUACCCCAUGAGCUGCAUCCCAGAGGGGGUUUCGGUCAGGAAGGGAGGGGUGGCGGCGGCGUCGGAGGUGGUGUCCGGCAUGUGCAGCUCCCCGGGCCUGGCGUCCAGCACCCUGAGCGAGCCCAGCUACUCCAGCAGCAGCUGUGGGAGCCACACGGCCACCUCCCUACACUCCUCCUCCAUGGCCUCUCAGGAAUACGGCCCCGCGUACAGCGGCUCCUACCUGCACAGUAGUUACAGUUCCCAGUCCGCCCCCGCCCCAGCACUUCCCUCCCCCCUGCACAGCUCCGGGCUCCUGCAGCCGCCCCCUCCUCCGCCCUCCCACCCCACUUUAGUCCCCGCUUACAAUGGCGGCUCCCCCAACUUGUCGAGUUAUAAUUACCCCCCAGCAGGCUACCCGGCUCAGAGCUCAGUCGGGCCAGGAUACAGCCCUGGGGGGGCACCCCCUCCCUCUUCGUACCUCCCCUCGGGCAUUGCUGCACCCACGCCACUUCCCCCCUCUUCCGCUUUACCUGGAUACCCAUACCAGAGCCACAACCUGACCCCAAUUGCACCCACACCUCUCAACAGUAGCUCCUCCAACUCGCUGAAGAGGAAAGCCUUCUACAUGACAGGCCAAGGAGAGAUAGACUCGUCUUACGGUAACUUUGGCUAUAGCCAGACGCGGAGCUCCGCUGAGAGCCCCAUGUACAGGAUAGCAGACAGCAGCAGCGCAAAUGGAGGCUCCAACAGUGCCGGCGGUGGUGGAUUCGACAGGAGUGCUGAAAAGUCAUCGUUACCUUUUAAUCCUCAGAAACAGUCAACGAUGCCGUCCGAGCAGCAGCAGCAGAGGAAGUACAGCAGCCAGGCAACAGGUGGGCCACUGACUCCACCGACCUACGUCUCCUCCACCCUGGGGGGCUCCCGCUCGGCAGACUCUCUAGCCAGCUUCACCUCCCCCUCCCUCGGUGAGCAAGUCGCCGAGGAUCACCGUCUCCACCUCUCCCACUCAGCACCGGGGCCUACCUCCUCCUCAUCCACCUCCUCCUCACGACACGCUGAAGAGCAGCUUAAAGCCAGUGACCCUCACCUCCUGGACAUGGUUUCCUCUGAAAUCGUUCAGCAGGGCCCCCCGGUGGAUUGGAGUGACAUUGCAGGUCUAGAACUGGCCAAAGCCACCCUGAAGGAGGAGGUCCUGUGGCCAAUUUUGCGUCCAGAUAUGUUCAGCAGUUUGGGACCGGCCCCGCGUUGCGUGUUGCUGUUUGGCCCCAGGGGCAGUGGCAGGACGUUGCUGGGCCGCUGCCUGGCCAGUCAGCUGGGGGCGCCGUUCCUCCAACUCAGUGGUUCCACAUUGGCCACCAAGUGGCUGGCAGAUGGAGAAAAAAUCAUCCGAACUUCAUUCCUGGUGGCGCGCUGCCGUCAGCCCUCGGUACUGUUCAUUAGCGAGGUGGACAUGCUCCUGUCGGCCCACCUCAGCGAGGAGAGCCCCAUCAAUCGGCUGAAGGGCGAGCUGCUUUCCCAACUGGACUCGCUUCUUAUGGGCUCAGGCGAGGACGGAGGCAACCAAAUGUUGGUGGUUUGCUCCACGAGCAGACCCCAGGACAUGGACGAAGGGCUGCGAAGGUACUUUGCUAGGAGGGUCCUGGUGCCCCUGCCAGAGAGCGGAGCCCGACACCAGAUCAUGAACCAGCUCCUGGCCCAGUCUCAGCACAAAUACUGCUUGAGCGAAGAGGAGCUGGCGCUGCUGGUCCAGCGUACCGAGGGUUUCUCCGGACUGGAUCUGGCCAGACUAUGCCAGGAGGCCCUUGUUGGUCUGUUACAUGUCUCUGCACAGGGCAUGGACAUGACGGGUAUGAUGCCCCGGGGACAGAUCAGACCCCUCACCUACCAGGACAUUGAGAGUGUCUUUUGUAAAUUCCAGUCCAGUAUAUCGCAGAAAGAGAUUGACACUUACACUGAGUGGAACAAAAUGUUCGGCUGCAGUCAGUGAAAUGAUAGAUCCCGCCCUUGAGAAAAAAAAAAAAAAAAAAAAAAAAAAAGAGGCUUCCGCAAUUCCUCCCCUCAGGGCAGAAGCAUUGUGCUGGAGGGAACGGCACACAGAAGGCCAACACAAGCCCACUGAGUUCUCACAGGCAGGGUUGAGAUGCACCGAGAGACCUGGUUUGAAGAGACAACUGGCAGUUUUGCAGUUAAUGAGCAAGAGUUUUAAUUUGAAGGCUUGACACUCCAGAAAGCCAGGCAUUGUUUACACAUUGCAAGCAAGUUGGCUUCAGAAGAGACGCCCCAGUGUCUGUGUAUAUAUUGUUACGUUGUUCUUCUUGAGAUUUAGUCGGCUAUCCAAGUGCCUGAAGUGGUGCUUUCUGAUUUGUCUUUCUUUAUUUGCCUCACAAUCUACAUUCAUGGCAUGAGCUGAUGAUUAUUAAGAGCUUUAAAACUUCAGCAGUGAGUCUGAAAUACACAGGUUGACAGUCGCCACUGAUGGCGGGUCAGUCGUCCUUGCUAAGAGCAGUAAUCCGAUGGGGCAGCAGUAGUCUGGGCCCCGACUCACAUCCAUCUCUUCUGAUCCUGUCUGCAGAGCAAACGUAACAAACAAACAACCAACACUCAGGAAAGCGUUUGUGAAUUGUACAGUACCUCAAGAUAUCUUGAUGAAAAGCACUAAGACCUGAGAGGAGAAUUUGGCAGUGUUAGGUGUACCUCAAGCGGCUAGGUUACAUAGCAAAGAGGUGACAAUGAAUGUACUAGAUGUGUUCUGGAUUGAUGGAACAUAAUCUAUAGUUGGACUAAGAGAAAACAUUGUCUUUGUGUUUUCCUCACGGCAGGUGCUUUAGUUGCCUGUUUUCUACUUGACCAAUCCGGAAACUUAUUUCCAUUGCUCUUCAAAACUGUAAAACCGUGUUGCCCUGCUUUGUUGUUUUGGGGUUUUGAGAAAUGGGGAUGUGUUGGGGCGGUGGGAGUUGUACAUUUAUUAAAACCAUAAUCAACAUUGUUUAUUCUAGGCUAUAUGUUUAGGCUGCAUGGAAGCUCCAUCAGUUUAUCAGCUACUGUAACUUCUGCGCAAAAUAUGGGCUCAUUUGUCUUACUGAUAGCAAGGUAUUGUCUUACGUGGGUGAAUUUUACUUAACUCAAUUUGAGGAAUUGUUUUACAUGUUUGGAAAUGCACUUAACUGCUUUCCCACUGAGAGAUAUGUGACACAAUUAAGCUAGUAGUAGUAGCAGGUUAGCUUAGCUUGGCUUAAAAACAGAAACUCUGUCAAGCUGCAGCAAACCCCAUAAACAUGCAAAAUUCUAUGGAUUAGACACCGCCAAGCUAACUUGCUAAUGGUUUUAGCACGUUAGCCUCCAACUCUCAGCAAGAAAGCAAGUAAUUGUGUUUCUCAAAAUGUCAAGCGCUUAUUUAAUUCACAGUGUUAUCAAAGAAACGACAAUAAUGUAAUUUUGUCGACUUUACCCCUGUUGGUUUCAGACAGUCUGUCUGUCAGUUAGCAUCAAGGAAGCCAACAGGGAAACAUUUCCUCGUCUGGCAUCUCAUUUUCUAGUUUAAAGUCCAACUGAAAUCACCUGUUGUCAUCCCUUGCGUUAGUUCAGCACUGUGCUUAAAUGAAAUAGCUAAACCACAACUGAAACAGUUUGAGUAGAUCCCAUCUUGACAUUACAGUUUUUUGCUAAUGUCUUGUGUUAAAUGUGUCCGCAAAAAAAAUCUCUUCAUGAUAAAUGUCAGACAGACUAAAACUAAGCUAACCAUUGUAAGUGUACACAACAAAGAUGGCCGCCUUUUCAGAUAAAAGUUUAAAUAAAUAGUGAUUCAUGCUGAAAACUAAAUCUGGGUGCCACAAAUAAAGCUAAUGUGCACAUUCUCUAGGAAAUAACACUGCAUUGUUGCUAAAGUAUUAGCUUCUUCUCAAGGUAACCAUUUUAAACAUGCACACCAAAGAUGGUCAAAUACAAAGAAAGCAACAGAAAUUGUCAAUAUCAAGCUGUUGUACUUGCCACAUUUUAAGGGAAUCUACACAGACAAUGAUUUCAGCUGGACUUUAAAGUGAUAAAGAAAUGCAGAUUUGUCGAGUCGCUCCCACUGAUUAGAUGCAUUUGAACUGGAUUAGGUAUAGAACAGGCUACCGCUCCUGUUAUUUAAAUUACACCGGGUCAGUCAUCUAGUAUGUAUCUCACAUCUGUGGAAAAUCAACCGCAGGUCACGGGUCACUUCAAAAUACCAGUUCUGAUUGACUGAUUCAGUAAUGCAAUUAGUAGCAUCAUAGCCGUGAUGUGAGGUCCAACCAGUGGGCAUGUGUCCCAUACACAGUUGGCAAAAGGGCAAAUCAGGUUGCAUUCAGAAAACUGAUUUCAAUCAAAGACGUUUAGAGACACUAAUCCAAUUCAAAUCAUCGGUACCUUUUAUUAUUUAUUUAUCCAUUCUUGUGCGUGUUUUCACUAUAUUAUACUGUAAGCUACCCGGAUGGCGUGAAGCACAUAAUCUCAAGUGCAUUUGGGUUCGUACUUUUUGAGUGGGAGAUUUUGGCACUUGUCUUAAAAAGUCCUUCGACAUUGAAGGUUCUCUUUUGCCCAUUGUAUUACAUUGGAAUGUAUUUUUUAUUUUUUUUGUCUUCUCCCCCUUGUCACCGUGUGAGAAGCUGUCCCUUAGCUCUACUGUCAGAGUACGUCAGAUAGUUUAUUGCACAUGCACUAAAGCAUUUUGUUUUGUUGGAAUUAUUUUAUUUGAUUGUCCAAAUUGGUAAUCAUUACAUUUUUUUUAUUAUUAAUGUUUUUCCUGUUUUGUUUUUUACAGUAGUAUGUACACGAGCUGUGUUGCUAUCUAUCUCGUGGGCGGCGUCGGUGCAGCACCUGAUGUAUGAGGAGGAUGAGGAGGAGGGGGUUGCAAAAAAAAAAAAAAAAAAAGUUCUGCUGAGCAUCAGCAAAACUGACGGAAAGGAGAGACAGGCAGGCAGCGUGGCGGCAGCACAAGGGGGGUGAAAGCAGAGUGGUCCGUCAGAAAACCACCCUCAAAACAAUCUGUACCAGAAUUCCUUCUGUCAGCAAAUCCUCUGGAGGGAGAGUCCCUAUGGACAGAAAAACCUACUAAUGCACUUCAGAGCACACAACAACAGCACAGGCGUCCACCAUCUCCCUCUCAUUCUCUACAGCCGACCAACAAACGACUUGAAACACGCCGGUCAAACGCUUCGCUUUUGUUCGUCCUCUUUUGCGUCACUUUUUUCUACAUAACGCGCGAGUCCUUUAUUUUAAUUCUUUUAUUAAUCUUUAAAUGGAGUUCUUCUUUAAAGCAUUUCUACCUCAUGGCUAUAUAAAAAAACACACACACACACACACGUGGUAUUUGAUUUACGUCUUUCCAAAUGUCUGUGAAGAAGAAAAAAUAUAUAUUGAAAAAUUAAAAAAAAAAAAAAAAAGGGAGAGGAGAGGAGAGAGAGACACCAUGAAGUUCGGAGCAGUCUACCUCACAUGACUGUACGUAAAACAUUGAGCUGAUGGUGCAACCUGCAGGCUGCAGCAUGCACGAGGAGUGUGUGUCGGCCGUGCGUCACACAAAAACACACACACAGGCGAUAACACUGAAAAAAAAAACAAGAAAAACAAAAAAAAAAAAAACAUUCGUGAGGAUGGAACAGUCGGGGUCGACCCUGAAAAGAAAAGGGUGACCCGGAAAUGUAUAAUCCAAUACAUUUGCUUUAAUCUUUUGUGAACUACUGUGGUUGUGUGAAUGUGUAUAUACGUGGGCACACUCUUCUUUUUUUUAUUUAGUGUGUUGGAUUUUAUAAAUUGUUAGUAUAUAUAACACACUUGCACAACUUUAAACCAGAGUGUAACGUGUUUUUUUUUUUGUUUUUUUUUUUCCGUUGUACAUACCUAUACAUACAAUACAAAUGCACCACUUGUUUAUAUGUGUGAAUAUGUUGCCAUACUUGCAGUCAAUGUAUUUUCAUGUAAUCUGAGGUACAAGCAGCAACAAACGAUUCAUUAAAGACAUUUUCUUGGGA